CCCGCCUCCCUCCUCGCCGGUCCCCGCCGCCCGCCGCCGCCGCCGGAACCCUAGCUCCGGCGAGGCCCCCGGCCUUCCCCGCCCGUCGAUCGGGCUCCGGGGAGCCCCGCGCCCCUCCGCGCGAUCGCGGGAGAUCCGGGGGGCGGUCGCCGCCUGCCGUGGGGGCGGGAGCCACAUGUCGGGGGUCGGCAGCGGCAGGCCGCCGGCCGCGCAGAAGAUCCUGCAGUCGCUGCGCCCGCCCCUCGCCUUCGCCUCGCCGUCGCGCCCGCCCCUCGCCUUCGCCUCGCCGUCGCGCCCGCCCUUCGCCGCGCCCGACGACUACCACCGCUUCCCCACGCCGGCAGCGGCCGCGGCCCCAGCCGCCACCUCCGGCGGCGUCGGCGCGGCGGGCGCUUCUGAUACCAUCGAGGAGGGGCUGGUCAUCCGGACGCCGCUAAAAAGAAAAGCCACAUCUGAAGACAAUGAUGCUGCUGAGUCAAGUGACUGUAUUAUUACUAGCACUGGAUUUGCUGGUAGUCCGAUGCUCACUCCAGUCUCUGGAAAAACUGUUAAAACUUCUAAGUCGAAGGCGAAGAACAAUAAAGCUGGGCCUCAAACGCCUACGUCAAAUGUUGGUUCACCUCUCAAUCCAGCAACGCCAGCUAGCACUUGCCGCUAUGACAGUUCAUUAGGGCUUCUGACAAAAAAGUUCAUUAACUUGCUCAAGCAGGCUCCAGAUGGCAUUUUAGAUUUGAAUCAGGCUGCAGAAACACUAGAGGUUCAAAAACGGCGCAUAUAUGACAUUACCAAUGUCCUUGAAGGAAUUGGACUAAUAGAGAAGACACUUAAGAACAGAAUCCGUUGGAAGGGCCUGGAUGAUUCAGGUGUUGAUUUAGAUAAUGGUAUUUCUACAUUGCAGGCAGAAGUUGAAAGUCUUAGCCUGCAGGAGCAAGCAUUAGAUGAGCGUAUACGUGAUAUGCGUGAAAAACUAAGGGGCUUAACUGAAGAUGAAAACAAUCAAAGGUGGCUCUAUGUGACUGAAGAUGAUAUCAAGGGAUUGCCCUGCUUUCAGAAUGAAACACUAAUUGCGAUAAAAGCACCUCAUGGUACUACACUUGAAGUCCCAGAUCCGGAUGAGGCUGGUGAUUAUCUCCAAAGGAGAUAUAGAAUUGUAUUAAGAAGUACAAUGGGACCAAUAGAUGUUUACUUAGUAAGUCAAUUUGAUGAGAAAUUUGAGGAGUUGGGUGGUGUUGCAACACCUACAAGGCAUACAAAUAUGCCUAGACAUCAUCCUAUUGAAGAUUCCAAUACAACAAAUGGUGGACAAUGUAGCACAGCGAUGGAUGUAGUAGAAAAUGUUCAGCAAAGCCAGAGGACUCCACAGGAUCCUAGUGCUUUGCAUGAUUUUGGAGGGAUGACAAGGAUUAUUCCUUCAGAUGUUGAUACGGAUGCUGAUUACUGGCUCCUAACAGAGGGAGAUGUUAGCAUUACUGAUAUGUGGAAAACAGCACAAGUGCAGUGGGACCAGAUGGACUUCUUGUCUGAAGAAGUUGUCACACCUCAUGCCCAUAAUCAGCAGCCAGUCACAGUCGGUGGGCCACAGAUGCAGGCUCCAUGCAUGGAUAAACCAUAAGAUCAUGGCGGUUUUUCAACUCUGACAUUUGAAACACCUGGAGCAGUGUUUUGAGCGAGAUUUUUCUGGUGCAAAGAAACGGAUUCUCUUGUUGCUCAUUGCAACAGAAGAGCAGGGUGAUGAUUAUCAGAAUCCAUCACUUGGAGAGAAGUUAGGGCAGAAGUUCAGAACUUCAGAUUGAUGUGCACCUUGAAUUCGCACUCUUUUGCGGAGGCUGGUGAGGUCCACUAAGCUAACAGCUUGGAGCUUGCUGCCUGAUGUAAGCGCAGCAGUUCAGUUUCACUGACAAAGGCACCUGCUCCAUUGUGAAUCCGUUGCUGUGCUCAUUCAUGCACUGCUCCAUUACCUUACCAAGCUAACAUUAUCAUACAAGAGGUACUCUGUUGAGAAAUGCUGCAAAAAUGUGUAAACAUUGUGACAAAAUGGUGCACAAUGCAUCAAGUGUUGGUGUAACAAUGGGUGAGCUAUGAGCUAUCGAUGUAGCCAGAAUUCUUUGUACUCUUUGAAGAAUUGUUUGAUACCUAACACGCUGUCCCCUUGUAAAAAUCCUGUUUCCUGCGUGUAACAAAGAGCAGACUUAAUUUUUGUAUCAUAGGCCCCUACUGAUAUUUGAUCAUUUUUUUCGUGAAGCACAUAUAUUUCAUUAA